GUCCAUUACAGCUCAAGCCAUUUUCUCAGAAACCAAACACAUUAGGGAGGAAAUCCAGAAAGGAGGAGAGAAGAAAAAAAGACACAAAGAGGAACAGAUGGGGGAUAAAGAUGAUGGUUUGGGGUUAAGUUUGAGCUUGGGAUGUGCUCAGAAUCAGCCGUCGUUGAAGUUAAAUCGCAUGUCUUUAGCUUCACCCUGGAUGCAGAAUCUUCAACAGAGAAAUAUUUGGAAUGAGCUGUUUCAGUCUUCCGAUCGACAGUCGGAUACAAAAUCAGUACAUGGUGGAAUUGAUGUGAACGGAGCACCGGCAACGGCUGGAUCCGAAGUAGAAGGUGGGGUGUCCUCGCCCAACAGCAUCGUUUCUAGCAUAAGUGGGAAGAGAAAUGAGAGAGAUGCUGUGGGUGGUGAAACCGAGACUGAGCGACCGUCGAGCUCUCCUUCCAGUGACGAUGAAGACGGAGGUGGCGGCGGCGGUGACGAAGCCUCGAGGAAAAAGCUUAGGCUUUCAAAGGAACAGUCGGUGGUGCUUGAAGAAACCUUCAAGGAACAUAACUCCCUUAAUCCGAAGCAAAAGUCGGCACUGGCAAUGCAAUUAAAUCUGAGGCCUAGGCAAGUGGAGGUUUGGUUCCAGAACAGAAGAGCAAGGACGAAGUUGAAGCAGACGGAAGUCGACUGUGAGUAUCUAAAACGAUGUUGCGACAAUCUGACAGAGGAAAACACAAGGCUGCUGAAGGAAGUGCAAGAGCUUAGGGCAUUGAAACUCUCCCCUCAAAUCAACAUGCACAUCAACCCUCCCACAACUCUCGCCAUGUGCCCUUCUUGUGAACGUGUGGCGGUCGCUUCAUCCUCGGCUGCCGCCGCAUCCACCACGAAGCACGGCCACUCUAGUCCUUGCCAUCAGCUACCAGUGCCGAUUAGUCCUUGGGCUGCAUUGCCAUUGCCCAUUACUCAUCGGCUCUUCAAUGCCUCUCCCUCUAGAUCAUAGUU